AAACACACCACAUUAUUCGCCAUAUUAAACCCCUCAUGCCCAUUCCCCAUUACCACCAUACUUCCAAACUCACAUCAACACAUCAAUUCCCUCAAUUCUAAACCCACUCUACACUCCCACUCUCCCCCAAUCCCCACACCAAUUUCUCAAUUCACCAAUCCUCCCUCAAUCAGGCCACCGCCCUUCUUCCAUGCUCCCAACGCCGCAUUGAACAGAAUUCCGCAGCUCCACUUGGAGGGCUUUGAUUAUGGGGAAUGCCAAUGGGAGGGAGGACGGCGGCAGCGACACCCAAUCGGUCGCCGAGGACUCCGCCUCCGCUCAGGUUGCCAUGGCCGAUCAGCACGCCCCUGAAUACAUUGGGGGCCACUCCCCCCCUUCUAGUCCUAGGGCUUCUCACUCGCCCCUCAUGUUCAGACCUCAGAUGCCAGUGGUUCCUCUACAAAGACCUGAUGAGUUGAACAUCCCUAGCCCUUCAUGGAUGCAGACUAGCUCAGGUUAUGAGGAUGUGUAUAAUGAGCAAGGCAUUCCUACUAUGAUCACAUGGAGCUACGGAGGCAAGGAAGUUUCCGUGGAGGGAUCAUGGGAUGGCUGGAAGUCAAGGAAGCCCUUGCAGAGAUCGGGGAAAGACUUCACCAUCAUGAAGGUACUUCCUUCAGGAGUUUACCAGUACAGGUUUCUUGUAGAUGGACAAUGGAGGCAUUCCCCCGAUCUCCCCUGGGAACAGGAUGAUUCAGGAAAUGCUUAUAACGUGUUAGAUUUGCAGGAUUAUGUUCCAGAAGAUAUCGAUAGCAUUUCUGGUUUCGAACCGCCUCAAUCACCCGACUCCAGCUACAGCAAUACUCAACUUGGUCAAGAGGAUUUUGGGAAGGAGCCACCAAUGGUUCCACCACAUCUAAAUUUGACAUUACUGAAUGCACCUUCACCCCAGAUGGAGAUCCCGCCUCCAUACUCAAGACCGCAACAUGUAGUGCUAAACCAUCUUUACAUGCACAGAGAUAGGAACCGCCCAUCCGUUGUGGCACUUGGUUCUACCAACCGCUUCCUUUCCAAAUACGUGACGGUGGUGCUUUACAAGUCCAUACAGAGGUAAAGAUUGUGCUAUGAAUUUAGCCUUGAUUUCUCAAUGUACUUGAUAACAAUCAGAGAUACAUGUCAGGUAAAUUGCUUAUGUUGGAUUCAGAAAUAGCCACACAAUGAAUAUUAAAAAAAUCUGUUUUCAUGCAA